AUGUUUAAUCACAUAUAUGGUUCGCCAUUCCCUACGAUUAAUCCAAAAGUUAGGUAUAGGACUGCUUUAGAAAGGGCAGGAUUCGAUGUCAAUUUUAAUUCGAGAUCUGCGGCCAAUGGUGAUGGAUUGGGAAGUGCCGAUAUGAACAGGAGAAACGUCUCUAUGGGUAAUUUGCAACAACCGCCACCUCGAAGCCAGAGUAGAGCAGCUUCACGAGUUGCAUCUCUUCCUGGGGUGAGGGAGCAGCCAGGUGAGUAUCAUGUUCCGCUGGUCCAUAAACCUUAUGCCCCUUCGGCGAAGUAUUCUACCGGUUCACAAGCGAGAUCAAGUGGACCUUCAAGAGCACAGUCUUCCACCAGUUCUCAACCAAGCGGUCCUACAACAGCGCAGUAUUCCACCAGUUCCCAACCAAGCGGACCUUCAACAGCACAGUACUCCACCAGCUCUCAACCAAAUGGACCUUCAACAGCACAGUACUGCACCAGUUCUCAACCAAGCGGUCCUACAAAUACAUCAGGAUCGUAUUCCGCAAAUCCAUCAUUACAAUAUUCCUCUGCUUCGAAACCUUCAUUUACUUUUGAAGAAAGGCCUAGCCACCACCAGGAACGAGAAUUGAAUCCGAUUGAGAGGAGUUUUAUGAUGCUAACUCAGAACGACACCAGCAGUAGUGUAGAUAUAAGAACUACCGAGAUGGAAAUCAAGGAACCCGUUGAAGAACAACCAGUUGAGGAACAACCUGCUGAGAUACAUUCACCAACUACACCACGCAAGAGUGUCCAUUCUACCGUUGAAAGUCUGAACUUUGAACCUUCAUCGGAGCUACACGUUGGUCUUUCUCCAGUGAAUCAUGAGAAGGAAACUCCUAAGGUAAUUGCAGGUAAGCAAUUGCCCGUACUAUCAGUUACAACUCACCUUGACUCCAUCGAGGAUGAAAAACCACUGAACCUUGGUGGCUCACAAUGGUCCCAAUCCGAUAAGAAAAUUAGCGAAAAAGAACGUGGUUCUGUCACACCUGAAGAUCUUACCACCCCACACACAGCUACAAAUUUACAAGUUGAAACACUGAUAGCUCAAUUAGACAACGUUUCUUACUCGAAGAAUGCACAACUAGAUAAUCCGUUCUCUACAAGCACUGCUACAAACUCAUUGUCUGGUAGUCAGCUCGAUGUACGCUCGCUGUCUGUGGACAGAACGCGGUCGCAUUCCAACACUUCUUCGCAGUUCAAGAAAUCUAGCGCUUACUUAUCAAAGCUACCAGAAGCUGAUUUAGAGACUGGAGCUCAAACCGUGACCCUUGAUCAAGAAUCGGUUAGUUCUCCUUCUCUGAAGAUGGGCGAUACGCCCACAUUUUACAAGUUCAGGCAGCCGCGCUUGAAUAGCUUUCCUGGGCCAGAAGAAACCCCUAUACCCUCUAUUGAACCGUUACAGCUUUCACGCAAGGACAAAAUAGAAGGCUCGCCGCGAAUCGAGCCCGCCCAGGAAGAAUCAACGAUCAAGAACGACGUACCGUCAAACAGCGGUAAUGAAACGCUCAAUAUUGAAUCCGAACCCAAGUACCCUCCCGGAGAAGGACCCUGUAGGAACUGUGGUCAAGAAGUCGUCGACAGGCCUAUUUACUCCAAGAAGGCCAAUGAGCUAUCCGGCCAAUGGCAUCGUCAAUGCUUUAGAUGUCUAAAUUGUGACGUGAAGUUCAACAAGACCACACCGUGCUAUAUCCUUGACGACAAGCCAUACUGCCAACAGCACUACCACGAGGAGAACGGCAGCAUUUGUCAGGUCUGCAGUGGUUUUAUCGAGGGAGAGUGUCUCGAGAACGACAGAACUGAAAGGUUUCACGUCCACUGUCUAACUUGUUUCCUCUGCCACACUCAAAUUACAAGCGACUACUUCAUAUACAACCUAGAGCUGCCGUUAUGUGGCAACCACGACCUCGAAGCGCUUCUACAAGAAGGACCUGACAGCUCGGUCAGCAAGAGGAGAACAAGGCUCAUCAAUUUCACACAAUCAUAG